AUGGAGACGGCGGCGUUCUCCGCGGCGGCGCCGCAUCCGGGCGCGGGGCUGGGCCUGGGCGGCGGCGGGGCGGUGGACGAGCAGCAGGCGGCGGGGGUCGGGAUCCUGCUGCAGAUAUCCAUGCUCGUGCUCUCCUUCGUGCUCGGCCACCUUCUCCGCCGCCGCAAGUUCUACUACCUGCCCGAGGCCAGCGCGUCCCUCCUCAUCGGGAUGAUUGUUGGAGGAUUUGCUAACAUAUCAAACACGCAGAAAAGUACUAGGAGAUGGUUCAAUUUUCGGGAGGACUUCUUCCUUCUCUUUUUACUUCCUCCAAUUAUAUUUCAGUCGGGAUUUAACUUAGCACCAAAACCAUUUUUUUCAAACUUUGGUGCUAUCAUAACUUUCGCAAUCCUGGGAACCUUCAUUGCUUCCAUAGUUACGGGGCUUCUCGUCUAUCUUGCUGGGUUACUAUAUAUCAUCUAUAGGUUGCCUCUGGUUGAAUGUAUGAUGUUUGGUGCUCUUGUGUCAGCAACAGAUCCUGUAACUGUGCUGUCUAUAUUUCAGGAACUCGGCACCGAUGUGAACCUCUAUGCUCUUGUUUUUGGAGAAUCUGUUCUAAAUGAUGCUGUGGCUAUAUCCUUGUACAGGACCAUGGCAUCUAUGAGGACGAAUUCUCCCGAUCAGAAUUUUGUCGUAGUCAUCUUGAGGUUUCUUGAGAACUUUGUUGGUUCAAUGUCAUCAGGAAUCGGAGUUGGGCUUAUCUCUGCUCUCCUCUUCAAGUACGCAGAACUUGGUGUCGAGAACCUUCAUAAUCUGGAGAGUUGCUUGUUUGUGCUUUUCCCUUACUUCUCGUACAUGUUAGCUGAAGGCCUUGGCUUGUCUGGCAUUGUUUCUAUUCUCUUUACCGGGAUUGUAAUGAAGAGAUAUACAUUCUAUAACUUAUCAGAAGAUUCUCAGCGUUUUACCGCUCGUUUUUUCCAUUUGCUUUCAUCACUAGCAGAAGCAUUCAUAUUCAUAUACAUGGGGUUCGAUAUUGCAAUGGAACGUCAAAGCUGGUCUCAUAUUGGAUUCAUAUUUUUCUCAAUUGUAUUCAUAUUAGUUGCAAGGGCUGCAAAUGUCUUCUCUUGUGCAUACAUAUUAAAUUUGGCACGACCACCUCAUUCCCAAAUACCUAGGCAAUAUCAGGUGGCCCUCUGGUAUAGUGGACUCAGAGGAGCUAUGGCGUUUGCCCUUGCUCUUCAGUCAGUUCAUGAUCUUCCUGAAGGACACGGCGAGACAAUUUUCACCGCUACCACAUCUAUUGUCGUUCUCACUGUACUUUUGAUUGGAGGCUCAACUGGAACAAUGCUUGAAUCCCUACAAGUAGUUGGGGACAGUAACCGUUAUCGACAUCCGUAUGAGGAGAACUUCGAUGGGAGCAAUGCUGGUUAUGAGGAAGGAACAUCUACUCCGAGCAAAUUUCAACUGAAACUCAGAGAACUUCGGAGAAGCACUUCCUCUUUUGCUUUAUUGGACAGGAACUAUCUCACUCCCAUUUUUACCUCUCAACAUGAGGAUGAUGAUGAUGACGACGACGACGAUGUUGAUGAUGAUUCUGGUAAGAGACAUGUCCUUGGUUUUCAUUCCUUUUCGUAA